UUCCUCCUUGUAAUCCGCCAUAUUGGAGUCUAUCUCGGCUCCGCUGUGGUCGGUUAUUCGCUAUCUCUGUCACCCCGGACGCGGGUAUUGGUUCUGUUAACGAUAACGGCGCUGCGGCACGUUAUCCGCCUCAGUAAAGGUUCUGCAGCCGAUUGUUUGGCCUCUUCCUGUCUCUGUGCCCCGUCUCCCGGUAGUUCGGUGGCGGCAGGUGGUGUUGCUCAGCGAUGAGCCCAGCCGAUGCAAAGAGAGGGGCGAAGCGGAGGAAGAACAAGCGCGGCGGAGGCAGCAGCUCCGGGGAUGUGAAGGCCGCAGCUCUGCGGGGGCAACACAGUGCUGCAAACACAGGCAGCAGUGUGGGAGCAGGGAGCGGCGGAGGCCUGGUGUCCAGCACAGCCAGUAACUACACUUCCACCCCAUCCGGGGCUGAGAUUGCUUUAAACGGUACCCCCUUCUCAGAUGGACCACUGGGCUCAGACUUUACCAGCGUCCCCCAGGCUCCUUUUACGUUUGGCCUGGGUCAGAGGGCUCCUUACACGACAGGAGAGCACUGCCUUCUGUGUAGGAGCGAACGUAAGGACAUCACUCUCUCCGAGUGCGGCACUAAAAACUCAAGCAAAAUAGCACUUUCCACAUCUCCAAAAGCCAAUUCCAAGAUGCACCUUCCUCUCUGGGUGUGCGCCGACUGCCGACGGACGGUUGAGAAUGAGGAGAUACACACCACUCAAGACCAGUCCUUGGUAAGUCAAGAUUUUCUUUUGCACAUGGCACCAGGAAACAGCGGGUCAAAGCAAGAGUCAGUUGGUGGGGGAAGAAUGCUUGUAGGGGCACAGACUGUCUCGUCUACCGUGGCACUCAGUAAUUCCGCGCCCCCGGACAUGGCCUGCGGCUGCGAGGCUUGUAAUGAGCGCAGGGAGAUUUCAGCAGAGACUGAACGGGAUUCCCAGCAGCUCCAAAAUUACUGGUCAGACGUACGGUACAUGAUCCGCUGCAUAUACCGGCAGGCUGGGACGCCUUUGGCGGACGACCAGGACCAAUCCCUGGUGCCAGAAAAGGAUGGAAUGAAAGAUUUAGUGGAUAGGUUAUGUGAAAGAGAUCCUUACCAACUAUACCAGCGCUUGGAGCAGCAGGCACGGGAAUAUGUACUGGAAAUGAAGGUCCGCCUGCUCAAGCAUUUAUCCUUGGGGUUCAAGGUGACCUCAAGCAUACAGGGACCCCCGCAGGCUCAUCAGUUCGUCUCCCUGCUUCUCGAAGAGUAUAGCGCCCUCUGCCAAGCGGCUUGCACAAUCAGCACCUUUCUCGUCACUCUGGAAAACGAACAUUUAAAGAAAUUCCAGGUGACGUGGGAAUUGCACAAUAAGCAUCUAUUUGAAAAUCUGGUAUUUUCUGAACCGCUGCUACAGAACAGUUUGCCGGCUCUGGUUUCACAGUUAAGGCUUGGGACGGCAUCACAUGACUCGUAUAGUGAAGAUAUGUACAGUACCUUGCUUCAAAGGUAUCACCAGUUAGAACAGGAGAUGAGUCAGAUAUCUGAAGAAUGGCUGGAGUGUCAGAAAAGGAUUGAUAAUUACGUAGAUGAACAGAUGGCUUUGAAAACCAAACACAGAAUGCUUAAAGAAGAUUGGGAAUUCUUUAAACAAAGGCGGUUUAUUGAAGAACAAUUAAAUAACAAAAAAACAUUGACUGGGGAAAACAACUUCACGGACAAAAUGAGACAUAUGCUUUCAACACGAAUGUGCAUGUCUGACUGUCCAAACUGCAACUACAGGAGAAGGUGUACCUGUGAUGACUGCAGCCUCUCUCACAUCCUUACUUGUGGUAUUAUGGACACGCCAAUUACAGAUGACAUCCACUUAAAUCAACUACCACUACAAGUGGAGUCCGCUCCAGAUUACCUGUCGGAGAUCCACCCGCCCAGUAUGUCUUCAGCCAGCUCUGGCUCAGGUUCCAGUUCUCCCAUCACAAUCCAGCAGCACCCCAGACUUAUCCUUGCAGACAAUGGUUCUGCACCAACAUUUGGUAGUGAUGACGAAGACGGUUCUCCUUUAUCAGCAAAAUUUGCUGAUAUUUAUCCAUUGAAUAGCUAUGACGAUGCGGAAGUUGUAGCUAACAUGAAUGGAACGCAUGGUGAACUCAACGGUGGAGGGGAGAACAUGGCUUUAAAAAAUGAGUCCCCUGGAGUGAGCAGCACAAGCAGCAGCUCCUCGGAAGCCGAUGAUGAAGAAGCCGAUAGAGAAAGCGGAGGAGAGCAGCACAAUCUUCCAAAAGAAGACAUUCGCUUGGGGAAAAGGUCACAGAGAAAGGAUACGGGGAAGAUGGACAGCCCACCCCCAUCCUACCUCGGUCCUCAGGGUGACUCUGUACCCAAUUCCUGCGAGUGUCAUGUGUGCAAGCAAGAAGCCUCCGGUCUUUCACCAUCGGCCCUUGUAGGGGGACGUCUGCCUCCUGGACAUCAGUUUAUAAAUCCAGAGAAGCCGGCACAUCCAGCACUUCACCUGUAUCCCCAUAUCCACGGACACUUACCGUUACACACAAUCCCUCACAUGCCCCGGCCGCUUAUACACCCCACGCUGUAUGCAGCGUCUCCGUUUGCACACAAUAAGGCCUUGCCUCCAACAACUGUUCAGAAUCAUACAAACAAACAUCAGGUAUUCAACGCGUCUCUGCAAGACCACAUCUAUCCCAGCUGCUUUGGAAAUUCCCCGGAAUGGAACCGGUCGAAGUUCAUGAGUCUUUGGGGGUCGGAAAUGAUGAACGACAAAGCCUGGAACCCUGCAACUUUUUUACCUGACCCGCUUGCAGGGGGUGAUAUAUUAGGGCCAGCACUCCCCGAAAUCCGACCAGAGGCACUCCCCCCUACAACUAGUAACGACACGUUACCGGUGCCAGAUGUGAAGGAGAAAAAAAACACUGCCAAAAAGAAAUGUCUCUACAAUUUCCAGGAUGCCUUUAUAGAAGCAAAUAAGGUUGUCAUGGCAACCUCAUCUGCAACUUCCUCCGUUUCUUGCACUGCUACCACGGUCCAGUCUAGCAGCAACCAGUUUAAAGUGUCAUCAAAGAGGCCUUCUUCCAUAGGUGAAGUAUUUCACAACAUCAAAGAGGACCAUCGGCAUACUUCCCCACCCGUCGCCCCUCGGAACAGCCCCACCAGCUUAGCCCCUCUCCCGUCUCUGUCUCCUGGCUCGCACUCCUCCGCUUCCGCUCCGCACCUAACAAAUAUCGCUGCUCAGUCGUUCCCCAAAACAGCCUCCACCGCCCCGGGGUUCGGGGAUCCGCAUUUAGGGUUUUGUCCGUCUACAGCUGCACCUCCUACGUCCACGGCAGAGAGCUCGCUAAGCGCCCCGCCGAGCGUCUGCAGUGACCCGGACUGCGAGGGACAUCGAUGUGAGAACAAUGGUGUGUACGAACCUCAGCAAUAUGACGGCGAGGAAAGUCAGGACGAAGACAGCUGCUCGGAACACAGCUCUAGUACGUCGACCUCAACCAAUCAGAAAGAAGGAAAGUACUGCGACUGCUGUUACUGCGAGUUCUUCGGCCACGGCGGGCCUCCAUCAGCACCAACUAGUAGAAAUUACACAGAAAUGAGAGAAAAACUUCGCCUGAGGCUGACAAAAAGGAAAGAGGAGCAGCCGAAGAAAUCGGAUCAGGUCUCGGAAAGGGACGGCGUCGUCGACCAUCGGAAAGUGGAAGACCUCGUUCAGUUCAUCAACAGCUCCGAGGCCAAGCCCGUGAACAGCUCCAGAGCGGCGAAGCGCGCAAGACACAAACAAAAAAAGGGUUAUGGGGCGAGCCCAGCAGUCAAUGUAAUUUUUAGCCAUGUGCUCGGCUCAGAGAGGAGCGUGCAGGAAUCCUGCGCCGGCACGACUGAGGAAAAGACAGAGAAAGCAGAAGCCGAGCCGGACGCAGAACCACCAGGAAGGCAGCAGCUGGAGGAAAAGGCCCGUCAGGAAGCAGAAGCCAGGGAGAAGGAAGAGCUGCAAAUGUUUGAGGAGCAGAGACACAGGGAGGAAGAAGAGCGGUUGAAGCAUGAACUGCAACGCCACCAGGAGUGCCAGGCUCUGAAGAAAAAGAAAAAAGACCGGUCCAACAAAGAGUCGCAGAGGAGCGAUCGCCCAACACACCACUCUCUUUCCACUAAGGAACCCACACGCCUAACCUCUGAAGCUCUGCCCAAUGGUACAUUGGAACAGCUAGAGGUUAAGGAAACGUUACCCACCCAAAUUCUGGGGAGACCAUUACAUAAAGUAGAGCAGAACGCAAUAUUUGAAGCUAUAAGCGAGCCACCAAACCACGCAGACAUAAGAGACUUCAAACCAUAUGCUCAAAAGGAGGUGAAGGCGAAGCAGCAGGAGCAUCUCUCUAUGCUUUUAGACUUGGUGCAUCAGAAGGAGAACUCUGCUAAGCAAAAGCUGCCCAAAGCGCAAACCCCAAAACUUAGCCCCGAACAAGUAGAACAUUCUGAGGCUUCUAAGCUGACCGAGGUCCAACCAAAAGCAAGGAACCAAAGUGAAGCCAAAGUCAAACCAAUGGAAGUUUCACCAGUUGUCGAGCCGAAGGAUGAGAAAAGGGCAAAUGGUAACAACAAGAAGCAACUGAACCACGUGAAAGAUGACAAACUGACAUGCGCAAGCGACCACUCAACUCUUACGGAGCAACCACAGAACAACAAGCAGCCCACCACCACAGAAUCCCCCCAGCCCAAGGGGAAAAGCAAGAAGAACAAGAAGAAGAAAGGCGAUAAAGUCAAUAACUCCAUUGAUGACGUUUUUCUCCCGAAAGACAUUGACCUGGACAGCGUGGAAAUGGAUGAGACGGAAAGGGAAGUGGAAUACUUUAAAAGGUUCUGCUUAGACUCGGCCAGGCAAACACGGCAAAGACUUUCAAUCAAUUGGUCCAACUUUAGCUUGAAGAAGACGACUUAUGCCGCUCACUGAAUCCUGGCAGCUUGAAGGGGGCGACCCUGUCCGAAUCGAUCCCACUGAUUUUAUGCCCUGCUGUCCGAGCGCUUAUCCAGGCCUUGAGCCAGAGCUGCCUUGCCUUCCCCUACCAGUGCUGUGUGGAGCGGCACUGGAUCCACCCCUGGCCUGAGAGUUCUUGCUGAUCCGAAGAAAAUGCCACUUUCUACCUGAAUUUGUUAGCUUGUGUGCUUGUAGUCUGUGAGUGAGACUUUUGGUUGUAGCAAUACGCUCUCUCCUUCUUGCCUUGGCCUCCGACUUAAGACUGGUUCCUUGGGAUGACUGAGGCAAAAGAAAAAAGCUAAUUGCAUCAUUGACUGUGGCUCCUGUCACUUCUGCAGAAUGCUAUGACUUAUCACACGGACUACUGGAAAAAGGAAUGGACUCCAAUAUAUUCAUCUGCUCCGAAAUCCUACAACCUCACAGGAAAAAACAAACAAACUCAUGAACAAGCAUUUUUGCAAGUUCUCACAAUCUACUGUUUCAAAGAAGUGUACGAGUUACACUUAUGUGUUUAAUCCCCCGGCCCCCCUGGACUCGUAGCCAGCUUGUGUAAGAAUACCUGCAGAAUGAGAAAGUAAAAGAAAAAAAAAAUCCAAAAAAAAGAAACUCACACUAUCGAUCUGUUAGAGUGUAUAAUUGUAUUAACACUGAAGCCCGAGCGGCUACUUUUUUAACAUAUUGUUAAGUAAUAUUAAAAUCAUGUCUUUCUUUUUGAAAGAUGGAAUACAUUA